CACCAUCUGAAGCACCGGUGCAUCGUGUUUGUUUCCGACUGUGAGCAUUAAAAAACUUACGGACAGUUGCCCAAUUUCGUAAAUCAAUUGCUCGUAAUUGUGUGUUGGAAUUUUACACCACCCGUACCUUGUCAACAUGAAAGGGUUCGCCGUAAUUGCCGCAGUGUUACUGUUUGCCUGUCUGGUGACUAGCCAGAGCAACAACUAUUACUGGGGCGUCCGGGAUCCGCGUGACGUUCUGCUUAAUCGCACAAUUGCGGUCCGCUCCGGUACGAUUCUGCAGGUGAAGUCGAUUGAUCUCGUGUAUCCGUUAAAGGGCCAGCUGGGACGUAACAUUUCCGCCAUUACCGUGGUUGACCAGUACAUCAACGGAAAUGGCGGGUACGCUAGCUUGUAUGCCGGCGGUAUCGGCUACAACUACACGACGGUGCACCUGAAAUCACAACGUGGCCAUGGGUACAACUUUAUUGUGGAAAUAUACGGCCGAUAGUAUGGAUGCCGUGUCGCGUGGAUGGCGCCAGAUAACAUGAGAUGCAUUCGCGCAACAUAAUGAUCAAAUGUUGUUAUCAGUUUGCGGUUCAGAUUCGAACGAUAGGAUGCCGACGCCAUAAACAACAAAGGGGCGCCUCAUUUAUCACGACCAACCACCAACGAGCCACGGAUGGAAUCGUUUCGAAGGCAAAUGAUGCUGUCAACAGGACUUAAAUUUCAAACCGGCCUCGCAGGUCAACGCGAAACUUGUUAAUAUGUAGCAGUAAACUUAUGUUAAUGCAACACAACAUAAUGGUCUGUUUAUUUACUCCCAGUUGCAACAUUAGCGAUUCUUUGCAAAGUAUUUAUGAGUAUUGUGAGUAUUUUGCAUUAUUCGUUUUUCGUUUAUUCUUUAAGAAUGCAAAUGUUUAUACUAAAUAAUGUUUGGUGAGAUCAGCUUGAUUUAAAUGA